UACAUAGUACUACAUUGAACACUUGUUCUUACGUGAAAAAGUCAGUGGCUAAUUUAAAUUCCUUCCUAGUAAUACAUUGAACUCUUCCUAUUACAUGCAUACCGUACUAAAACAGCACCCUUUAUAUACAGGUGAAGAACAUGUUCAAGGAGGGUGCAUACUGGGGUGCUGCUGCUGGAGCUUUUGAGGCCAUCGAGUAUGGGGUGGAACUGAUGCGCGGUCGUUCCGAUUGGAAGAACGCCAUGAUCGGAGGUGCCAUAGCUGGCGCUCUCAUCUCCGCCGCCAACAGCACCCACAGAGGCAACAGGAGGGUGAUCAAGGAUGCCAUCGCCGGUGGCGCCAUUGGAACGGCUGUCGAUUUCAUCAGCCACCGCAGGCAUGUCGUUUUCGGCCCCAUCAGACUCGAUGAUACAGAUGGAAUUGACCAAAUGUGGGACAUACCCCGAAAUGCCAAUAAAAAUGGCGUCAAAAUGGACAGAUCAUGGGACUUCAAAGACGCGAGCGAUUGGAUCUGUGGGAUGUGGGCCAAAGGACGGACGUCUCCUACACAACAGUAGCCUUUUGAUAGGGCAAGCUGGCCCAGCCCGGCCCGACCUUUACAAAAAGGGUUCUACCUCCAAUCCACUGGCUCACACCAUAAUAAAGUCAAAUUGUAA